AUGGGUAAAUCCCGGACCGACCUACCCGGCAGAGACGACGUACGGCCCACUCCAUGCUUUGGCCAUGUCAUUGGGGCAAAGCAGCCCCGCACAGUCCGCGGUCCAACAACUCGGCCCAGUCCACACCGUGGCCAUCCAGACCUAUCUCGGCUAGGUCGCAACGGCCAAAACCCCCGUUCAAGUGGCCCAGCAGGUAAGGCCGCAGAACGAAGGGGAACAAGUCCCACGGCUAGUCGCGGCCCAACAAGAGGCACCCCUUCAGGAGCUCCGAUUCGAAGACGUCCGGCGAAUGAUCGAGGACGGCCUGGCUUAGAGGCGCCCGGAAGAGCCAAGGUAUACCAAACCAUACCCGCCAGAAAUUGA